GGAGAUUUCUUUCAGGGUGGGGUCAGGGUGAGGUAGGGUGGUGUGAGUGUCGGUGUGAGUCUCAGUGUUAGGCUCAAUUACCAGCCGCUGUUCGGGAAAGGAGCCCGCGCUCCUCCCCCCGAACUCGAGGAACGGCCCCGAGGAACGUAGACCGGACUCGAGAAAACGGCGGAAAUUCGCGGAAAUCGAGCCUAUCUCAGUGUUGGUGCCACGGUUACAUGCCCUGUUUCAGUUCGUUUAAAAAAUUAUGUGAAAUGGUGCUUGCGCGCUAGGUUCCCAACUCCUUUGCGUUUUCACUGAAAAAAGAUCCCUUUGAAGAGAAAAGAAGCCCGGAGAAGCCUGGAAAUGAGGCUGGACGACACGUCGCCCUGCUGAUUGAAUUGAUUCAAUUGAACAGAAAGUUUGCGCAAUUUUUGCCAACUUUAAGGGUAUUCUUGAAAUAAAUCUCUCACCAAGAUGGAAAACAACGAUUUUAAUCAUCGUGGUGAAAAACGUCGUAGACAGAUCCGCGUUUGGACCGAUGGUUGUUUCGAUAUGGUACACUUUGGUCACGCAAACGCUCUACGACAAGCCAAAGCAAUGGGCGACGUCCUUUACGUAGGCGUUCACUCCGAUGCAGAAAUCACUCAACACAAGGGUCCACCGGUGUUUAACGAGGAAGAAAGGUACAAGAUGGUUAAAGCGAUCAAAUGGGUCGAUGAAGUCGUUAUGAAUGCUCCAUAUGUCACAACCAUCGAGACUCUUGACAAGUACAACUGUGACUUUUGUGUUCAUGGAGACGACAUCACUCUGAGUGCAGAUGGAAAAGAUACGUACGAGGAAGUGAAGUCUGCGGGCCGAUACAAGGAGUGUAAAAGAACUGCAGGGGUAUCAACGACAAACCUUGUGGGAAGAAUGCUUUUGAUGACCAAGGAGCACUUUGACAGGGCACCAUCACCCAUAGGAAAUUUGGACCCUGGUCAGGUCAGUAGGGCCAGUUCUGAUCCAUCUGCCAAGAGCCCCUGGACUUGUGUAUCCCAUUUUCUGCCCACUUCACAGAGGAUCGUCCAGUUCUCAGAUGGCAGGGAGCCUAACCCUGGAGACAAAAUCGUUUAUGCAGCAGGUGCAUUUGAUCUCUUUCAUGUCGGUUUGCUGGAUUUCCUUGAGGCAGCCAAGAGUGAAGGAAACUACCUGAUAGUUGGCCUUCACACUGAUCAGGUCGUUAACCGCUACAAGGGGAGUAACUAUCCCAUCAUGAGUCUACAUCAAAGAGUACUGAGUGUCCUGGCAUGUCGUCAUGUUGAUCAGGUUAUCAUUGGUGCACCUUAUAAAGUCACCAAUGAACUGUUGGAACAAUUCAAGGUGGAUAUAGUUGUUCAUGGUAAUACUAAUGUUAUGAUGGAUGAAGAUGGUACAGAUCCAUUUUCAAUUCCAAGAGAAAGAGGAAUUUUCAAGGCCAUCUCCAGUGGCUCAUCAAUUACAACUGCUGACAUUGUUGAGAGAAUAAUUAACCACAGAAUGUUGUAUGAGGAAAGAAACAAGAAAAAAGAAAAGAAAGAAGCAGACUGUUUUGCAGCCAUGGAAAAGAAAAAGUUUGAAAACCUAGAAGAAAAGCCAACGGUCUAACUGUCAGCUGUGGAUUGCAAUAUCAUUGUCAAAAUCAUCACCACCACCAUCUCUGUUGUUGUCGUUGUGGUCAUUGUCAUUUUCGUCAUCAUCAUCAUUGGGAAAGUCAUUAUUUCAUCCACAUGCAUAGGUUCUUCAGUAUACGCUUUUCAGGCCAGACAAGAAAAGUAACUCUUCCUUGCUGCUUGUGUCUGUUCUGCCAAUUCCACAUUUUAGGAUUGUGGUUUUGGUUAUUAUGACUGAGAAAAUUACUAAAUUGCGAUUGGCAGAUAGCAGGCCAAUAUAUCAUUAGUUUUUAAUGUGCAUUGCAGUUCAAAUUAAGUUGUUUUCGUAAUUUUCUCAGACAUAUAAUGUAUGAGUAAUUGUGUGAAAGCUCAAGCAAAUAAAAAUAUACACUACUUAGGAUAUUCCUGAAAGGCAAAUGUAAUUGUAGUGUAAAUCCCUGAUUGUACUUGCAUUCAUACAAUUAACAGUUACUAUACUGAUUUUGAAUCUUAUUACUUUAAAGCAAAAUUUUAGUUUACUGUGCAUUUGAAAUUUUUUAUACAUGUACAUGUGAGUUGACUUAUUUAUUAGAUGCCACUCUUCUUGUUAGGCUAUCCAUGAAAAACAAACAAGAAUGUGAAGAAUGUGCAAGUUGAGAAUUUUAAAACUGAAAUUUAUAAGUUCUACUAGUUAGAAAUAUGUUGUAGAAUUUUUCCAAGAGGCAAGGAAUACUUUCUCUGUGGAAUCAACAUCAAGUUAACAUAGGUCAUAUUAUUGCAAUUCAGGGACUAUUCAGGUAAUUUGUUUCAAAAUCAGGUCAGCAUGGAAAUAAAAUUAUAAUAAAUUGUUCUCAUAUUUUGUGGGAAUGUAAUUUCACAAAAAUGAGAGACAAAUUUUCUGUGACUUAAACUUUGCAGUUUGGCAAAAAAAUCAUACUGAAAAGAAUAAAAUUUUCCUAAAAUUUACCAAAUGCUGAUCUGAGUUUACAAACAGGUACUGCAGUGUCUGAAUCAAUGCCACAGAUUUUUUAGUAGAAGCCACAUUUUACAAUAUUGAACAGAACCAAAACUUGAAACAGGUUGACUGUGUAAUUGAGAGAAAGAGAGAAUGUUAUCAAUGUUGUGUAUACUAAGUUGAUGUUUUGGUAAAUUUUUAGUUUUUUACUGGCAGGUAUUUAAUUUCACAAUCUGUGUGUAGUCAUGAAAAUUGCAAAACGUAAGUCCACUUAAAAUACAUGUAACAAUGUUACAAGUG